AUGGACACGAGUUACCUAGCCCAGCAGGUCACGACAAUCAUUGGCCAGCUGCACGGCCUCUUCGACGAGAUCGGUGUCCCCAGCCAUGAGCGAGACUCGCGCGAAGCAGAGCUUUUCUCUGCAUUGUCCGAGACGCUGCACAGCCAAUUGCGCCAGGUGACCAACGAGAAACAUGAAAUGACCGAGGAGGCCCAUCGCCUCCUCAAGACGAUCCGCCAAAUGGAAGCCUCGCUGGACGACAGCAGGCCGAAUCCGAAUUACGACGACCAUGAUGAUGAUGACGCCAUUACUUUCCCCUUAACGCGCUGUUUGCAAUCCCUAAAGGAGAGAUACAACUCAGUCAGCAGACGACACCAAGAGCGAUUCGAGCAAGUGCGAAAACUGGCUGAAGCACUCGAGUCGUACGCAUCCCACCUUGAGUCGUCGUUUGUACAGAUCAAGCUCCCGCCUACUGCGCCGAAUGCGACCGUUUCACCCUCGUUUGACAUCUCACCGGCUUAUGUAACCAAACUCGACAACGAGUUCACGCGCGUAUACGAAGAGUACACACGGCGGAUAAACACAGUCCAGGUAGUCUGCCAAGAGAUUAUUCAGCUCUGGGCCGAGCUGGGGACCCCCCAGGCACAAACCGAUGGCGCCAUUGUCAAGUACUAUCGCGACUCCCCCGAACAACUUGGUCUUCAUAAGGACGAUCUCGACGAGUUACACGCCAAAAAGGAACGCCUAAUCGAGGAAAAGCGCGGGCGCGAACGACGACUCGGACAGCUGCGUGUAACGAUUGAGGAUCUCUGGGAUCGCCUAGGAGUCGAGGAGCGGGAGCGUAAACAAUUUCUUACCAGCAACCGCGGAUGCGGUCUCCGCACCAUCAACGAAUACGAGGAUGAGCUGGCCAGAUUGAACGAACUCAAGCGUCAGAACCUACACCUGUUCGUCGAAGAGGCCCGAUGCAAGCUUCAGGACCUGUGGGAUGCCCUCUACUUUUCCGAGGAGGAAAUGUUGGAUUUUACGCCCGCCUUCUCGGAUGUCUGUAGCGAUGCACUGCUGGCCGCACACGAAACCGAAAUCGCCCGACUCGAAGCCCUAAAGGAACAGCGACUCCCCAUCCUGCAAAAGAUUGAUCGUCACCGUGAACUAAUCAAAGAGCGUGAUGAGCUUCAGCAAUCGAGUCAAGACGCAACACGUCUCAUGGCCCGCGGCAACAAGGGCGAGAGGCGUGACCCAGGCAAGCUUCUGCGUGAAGAGAAGAUGCGGAAGCGCAUCGCAAAGGAGUUGCCCAAGGUUGAAUCUGAUCUGAAGAACAUCCUAGAAAACUGGGAAGACGAAUAUGGACGCCCAUUCCUGGUGCACGGAAACCGAUACCUUGAUGAGCUAUAUGCCUCUGCGGCGAAAGCAGCCGCAGCUCCGCCCCGUGCAAAGACGCCUUCAAACAGUAGCAUGCCGAGCAAGUCAGGAACAGUGUCGAGGAACGCUGCCCUUAGCCGUGCUGGAACCAUUCGCGGUGGAGCACCGCCAACUCGUUCGAAGACUCCUGUGUCUAAUUACGGGGCAAGUGUGUCCAGACAUACCAUGUCCAGUUCUGUUUCCUCGGGUUUUGGUACUUCCGUGUCAACGAUAUCAUCGUCGUCCUCGAUAGCGCCGGCGCAGAAGAGUCCGUCCAAGAUACCAUCACGCUCGCAAAUAGGUGGCACACAAACCGGUAGGAACUCACCUGGCCAUCGAGUAACAGCUUCAAGAGAAGAGUCUGCAACCAUGCGAAGAAAGGCACCUCCCAUGGCACCUCCCCCACGAAUGAAAGACCUCUUCAUACCUCCGGAGCCGACGCCUGUGGAGACUCCGAUGAAUCGGUUUGCUUUCAACCGCGGAGAACGCAGCGAGAGUAUUGUGCGUAACGUGGCACCCGAGGACCCCUAUGAUGACCGAUCGUAUGUGAGACACAGCCAGACAAUGAGCGGGGGCUAUACUCCAACCUACACUCCCACGUACCCUCCACCAUCACUGUCGUCGGGAAGUAGCCGACAAAUCUCACAGACAUCGUCGACAGGGACAGCUGGCACGGGGGUGACGAUGCAAUCUGGGUCUGAAAACUGGGAGACAUUUAGUGAACAGUCGGAUGAUGCUCCUGAGGAAGAGAUCGACUUUCAUGAGUACCGGCGGCAGAUGAAGCGCUACACACCCGAAGGUGGUCACGCAUCUACGCCGCGGGCAAUUCAAGGCAAGAAGGUCCGAGGGAUACGCAACGUCGGAGGACGAGAGUCGCCGAGUGAGCACGACAGCAGCAUGGUGCGUGUGGUUGAAGGGUCCGAAGCGGGGUGGACCGACGACGGCGACGGGUACUAA